AUGUCGGAUAGAGGCUCCAGUUCACGCUCGGCUGUAGUGAGUGAUACUGGGAUGGCGAGGACGGCCAAGCUUGGCAACUCCCGCUCACGCGAUAUCUCUGCUGCAGCAUCGUCCGCUGGCCCACCGAAAGCUGGAGAAGUAGCCGGGUUGAUCAAUAUCAACGAGGACGGAGCAAAGUUAAUAUCGGAAGCAGUCAACUUCACUGGAAUAACGACACAAGAAGCUCUGCAGCUACCGGUCCCUUUGGUUGCACCACUGCAAUCAGCACAACCCAGUGUGACGCGGACGGCACCUUCCGCAGGACCGGGCAUAGAUCAUCAGCACUACGACCAUUUAUUUGACGCUUUCCAUACUAGUGAUGGCAGAUUGGGUGAUUUGGAAGACUUGGGCGACCUAGAUUUCUUCGAUCCCUUUCUGGGCGACACCUUUGAGCAAUUUCAACUGCCAGUCCUCCAAGACACGGUCGACCAGUUCUCGCCACUGGAUCAUAUGUCGCGCUCGUCACAUCCCGACAUCUUAGAUCGGGCUUUGGACACCAAUCUUGGGAGCACUGCUUCUGUGGAAUCACAAAUGGACAUCGACGACACUACGACGCUGCCCCAACAGCACUCGCAGCGAAAAAAUAGCGAUACUGCACGGUCCAGCGUGCAAAGACCACAGUCGGCCGGACCCAAUCUUAGAAAGCAUUCCCCUAUCCUUUUCAGCGACACCAUGCGCACCAAGCUGCUGGAGGAUAUCUGCUCGCGGCAGGCCAAGGCAUCACCGAGCGACACCUUCCGGCUUCCGAGCGCUAGCGCUCUGCAAAGCUGCCUUCGUACAUAUGUUGACGCUUUCCAUAUUCACCUCCCAAUCCUACACCUGCAGUCCUUCGACUUCACGAAGGUUCCAAGCCCACUCGUCCUAGCAUUAUGCGCGAUUGGAGCACUUUAUCGGCUCGAAAGGAGGGUCGCAGCUACUCUGUACAUCAAAGCUGUCGAAGUGCUUCAGUCUGAAGAUGAGGACUCUACUGAGUAUGUUAACGUCGAAAGACUGAUGUCGCACUGGGACAGUCCUGGUUCUAGUCCGCAAACGUCGACCAAUCCAUUAUGGGCUAGCCAGGCGCGGCUACUUCUGCUCUUUUUCGCAGCAUUCAGUGGCGAACCUUCCAUGGUCCGGAGAUCGCUUGAGAAGCUGGGAUACCUCUCAAAUGACAAUCGUGUUAGACUGACGCGUGUUCAAGGGGACGUAUCAGCGACGAGGCUCUCUUGGCAUGAGUGGAUAGAACGCGAAUCUAUCAAGCGACUCCUUCUCGGCACCACAUUUGUCAACAACCUAGUGACUAUUGCUUAUGGCAUCCUACCUGGAUUCUCGAUCGUCCAUGAAGGCUCCAUCGAACUCCCCGACAGUGAUGCUCUUUGGAAUGCGGGUGAUGAAAACCAGUGGCAGCACUGCGUUGCUCUUGUGCACGAAAGUCGCCCGCAAAAUCUGAAGGAUGCGGUAGCUAUGUUGAUCAACGGCAGCAAAGACGAGGAGCUCGUUGAGGUUGCUCGAACAUGGUCUCCGUUCUCGACCGCUAUGAUUAUGCACGCAGUAUCGAUCCAGGUUUGGCAUAGCAUCGAUGGCAGCGGUCUCAUCUCUUCGGCUCAUGAUCUCUCGGCCCAAUCAGACACUCAGUUGAGCUCUGCGCCAAACAAGAUCGAGGCUGCACUCACUCGUUGUCGAAGCAUUCUGACUCAAGCCAAACCCGAGACCGAUGGCUUGUGGACGGACUCGGACGGGCCAUUGCUCUUCAACGCCUUUGCAGUACUUCGUGUCACCUACGGCAGAGCCUUCACAGGAAUUCGUCUAGCUGACCGAAUGCUCCUAUUGCGAGACAAUUACAGCGACAUUUCGCAAGCUAUAUCUGACUACAUUGCGAUGCCCCAGGAAAGAAGCAAACUCGUUGCACAAGCGAUUGCGCGCACAUUUGAGGGCCUUGUGCUCCCCUUUCGCUCUGGAGCUCCACUCCUUCGCAAGACUGCCGCUCUCACCUGGAGCGUGGAGCACGCAUUGGCAGGAUGGGAUUCUGCAUUACUUGUCACGAAAUGGGUAUACGCCAUGGAGGUCCUCCAGGCCGCCGGCAGCAUGAUCACUGCCGAUGAACAGCAAGUCCUAUCUGAUGUGCACUCGCUCUUAGACGAAGUAGAGCCCUUUCGUGAACAGGGUGUAUCUGCCGCUUCAAUACUCAGUCGAGUGUGGGCCGGCUUCUACGAGGACACAUGGGUUUGGGGAGUCACUCCGCGCAUUGGAAGGUCUCUCAGAGCGCUCGCGAAUGCUUACGAGGUGGCGCAGCAGAAACUUCCUCCACGGUCUUGA